AUGACGACCAACAACCAAGCAGAAAGUAAUUUAGAUAGGUUUAAUACCCAACUGAAAAAGACAUGUGAUAGAGUGUUUAAUAGAGCAGGAUCAGCUCCCGCAGAUGUCAGACCGGAAAUGAACAAACCAAUCCCUGGAAUCGAACAAACUAACCCGGCCGCCACUAAUAUGAGUGAUGGAACGACCGCACCUUGCACUGCCAACUCAGGUAGAGGUAGGGGAAGGGGUCGAGGAAAGAAGACCUCAACCAUAACAACUCGAGCAUCCUCUGCAGCUCGACAAUUAGCAGAAGCUAAUAAAGACAAAACAAGCCAAACUGCAAACAACAUACCCGGUGAAAAUCAAACUACCAACACUUCAGCUCCUAAUGGAACCUCUGGAGUCUCGGCUUCAACUGAAGAACAACCACCUGUUUCUAAAGAUGCCUCUACGACCGUCGAAGAGAUGCAGAUUGAGUUGCAGCCUUCCAUUGUUGCCGCAGAUGCAAAGCCACGUGGAGUGUAG